CAUUGCUUUUUGUUUUUAAAUGUUUCAGUUUGGUGAUGCAGGACUUCAGUUGAUAUCUGAGCACCUGGUCCGUCUUCAAGUCCUCAACCUGUGUGAGACCCCAGUUACAGAUAAAGGACUCAUCUGUCUGGCUGCUUUGAAGAAUUUACGAAAAUUAAAUUUGAACAGUACCUGCCUUUCAGCUCUGACCUUUGAAGGUCUCAAGGAGAAACUUCCUGCCCUCCAAGAAUGUGACGUCAGAUACACUGAAGCAUGGUGAGAACCCUGAUGCUGCCACAACACCCCCUGGGACAUCAGCAAAUCAAAUUUACAGGUGGAAUAAGCAGAAGCAGAUACAAGCUACAAGAACCUUGUUACACCUUCACAUACCAAUGCCUCUGUCUCUAUGGCAACGGUUUGAAAAAAAAAAAAAAAUGUUCUUUCCAUGGUAGCAACCAUAAACAUUUCUUUUGGUGACUAUAAAUCGAAGACUCUAGUCCUAAAGGUUCUUGAGUCAAAUGUGACUCGUGCAGUUUUAGCAGUCGAGUCUUCAGUCAAAAAAUAAAAACAAAAUAAACAAGACAAAAACUGGAAAAGACUUUCACAAAACUUUCUAUGGCAACUAUAGAAUUUUCUCAUGGCAACGACUAUAUUUCCAUAGCAACGCAACUAUCUCCAUGGUGACUCAUAUAUCUGCAUGGCGACGCAACUAUCUCCAUGGUGAUCCAUAUAUCUCCAUGGCAACAUCAAAUUUUUCCCAUUGUAUUAUCAAUGUACUCUAUAGUGACUUAUCAAAUGUCAACACAGUCUCCUUGGCAACCACCAACAACAUCACUAGGGCAAACCCCCAACACGACAUUGUUUCUAUGGCAAUGCUGACAUUUGUUUCUAUGGUAAUGUCUGCUUUGUGUCCAUCUAUGCCUGCCAAAUCAUUAACCUUUUUUUUUUUGUUUUUUGUUUGUUUUUUCUCCAUGGCAACCUCAUAUUCUCGUUGGCAACAUUAAACUCUCCUUCAUUUACACCAAUGUUACCAUAGCAACUCCAACUACUCCAUGACAUCAUCUGUUCCAUGACAACAGUUACUGUCCCCCAUGACAACACGGUAUCACCUCUAGCAACCCCCCAACAUCAUCACUAUGGUUACCAACACCGGCAUAUCUCACUCCCACACACCCAUUUGAAAUCUUUGCUUCCGUGGUGACAUAUAUUGUAUCCAUGGUAACAAGUGUAUGUCCCAUGGUGUUCAAGAACCAUUCAAACACUUCCUGUUGUUGUUGUUGUUGUUGCUGCCAACAGUCCAGUUUUCAAGAGAAAGCCUUGACAUCAGUUUUGUAAUUAAGUUUCUCGUUUAGAUGUUUUCAGGUUUCAUUAUCUGCUCAAAGACAUGUGUUCCAAUAUUAAGGGUUUAGCUACAUGUUUCACUAAGCAUGUUGACUUAUUAUUAUUAUUAUUACUUUUAUUAUUAUUAGGAGAGUAUUGUAGUUCGCUUGAAGCAUUGUGUAUUGCAUGUAAAGAAUAAAAAGUUUUGAACGGUACAAGAAUGCACUAUAAUACCAAAAAAAUGGACUAUAUACCUGUUGUAAUUUAGUUAUCCAUAGUCCAAUGAUAUUUCGGAAUUACAAUUCCUUCAUCAGAUAUUCUUAGAUGGAGUCACUGCUAUAAUCGGUUUUCCAUCUAAGAAUAUCUGAAGAAGGAAUUGUAUUCUGAAAUAUCAUCACACUAUGGAUAACCAAAUUACAACAGGUAUAUAGUCCAUUUUUUGUAUUUUUAUUUUUAUCAUUAUCAUUAUUAUUAUUAUUAUUAUUAUUAUUAUUAUUAUUAAUGUAGGGAGCUGGCAGAAUUGUUAGCAAGUUGGAUGAAUUGCUUAGCAGCAAUUUGUCCAUCUUUACAUUCUGAGUUCAAAUUCUGCUGAGGUGAACUUCGCUUUUUAUCCUUUCGGGGGUUGAUAAAAUAAGAACUAGUUGAACAAUGUGGGUCGAUAUAAUAAACUUACAUUUCACCUGAAAUUGCUGGCCUUGUGCCUAAAUUUGAAACCUUUAUUGUUAUUAUUAUCAUUAACCCUUUUGUUAGCAUUUUUCUGUUGAGAUGUUCUGUGUUUCUUUCAAUUAAUUUUAAAUAUAACAAAGAAUUUAGUAAAAUAACUUAGUUAUCAUUAAGCUAGUGUUAGGAACAUAAAUUGUGACUAAAGUUUGAUGGAAGAUUUUAAUUCAAAACUUAUGAAAAUAAGACAUUUGUACUACAGAGAGCCAGAGGUGGUUUCAACCAGGUUGGUACCAAAGGGGUUAAGAAUUGUUUCUCUAUUAUAUAUUUUGACCCUUUUGUUACCAUAUUUCUGUUGAGAUGUUCUGUGUUUCUUUCAAUCAAUUUUAAAUAUAACAAAGAAUUUAGUAAAAUAACUUAGUUAUUUAUCUAAGAUUUG